CAAUAUCACACAAUGGGUGGCCAAAGCAGAGAAGGUGGCAAGGUCAAGCCCCUCAAGCAGGCCAAGAAGGCAAGCAAGGAGCUCGAUGAGGAUGAUCUCGCUUUCAAGGAGAAGCAGAGAGCCGAUGCCAAGGCCAAGCAGGAGAUGAUGGCCAAGGCCAAGGGCAAGGGCCCCCUGAACACCGGCUCCCAGGGUAUCAAGAAGUCUGGCAAGAAAUAAAUUAUUCGCGGAGCAUUAAGAGCAUUCAUUCAUGUUAUACCACGAGCCAUGACCCAAAAGCGCAGAAUGAUGGAGUCGCUUGGCCUUCCGCGCUAUUCUAUUUGAGCAACUUUACGUGAUGCAUUUACAACACUAAGCGCACAUUCUUCACCCACUGAUAAAUUUCACUGCUACAUUACUUCGAAGUGUGAUCAGUCCCUUGAAGAUCCAGAAAUACUUCGACGAAAACCUGCCUCGGAGCCCCAGACUGAAAUUCGCAUCUCCCAACAAGCAAACAGGGUAUCAUCGCGCAUCGCACAGAUUAAACAAAGACCGACUACCAGCCUUUGCCAGAAUGAAAG